AUGGAUUCAGAAGAAGAUGUAAAUGUUAUAACAAAAUAUAUCAUAGUGACAGGAGGAAAUAUGAGUGGGUUGGGAAAAGGUACAGCUAUGAGCAGCAUGGGCGUACUAUUACUAACAAAAAAUAUUUUACUUACGACAAUAAAAAUUGAUCCGUAUUUAAAUAUAGAUGCAGGAACUAUGUCACCAUAUGAACACGGAGAAGUGUAUGUGCUAGAGGAUGGUGGAGAAGUUGAUUUAGAUUUAGGGAAUUAUGAAAGGUUUUUGAAUAUCAAAUUAUCGUAUAAAAAUAACAUAACCUCGGGAAAAAUAUAUGAAGAAGUUAUUAAAAAAGAAAGAAAAGGAGAAUAUUUAGGAAAGACAGUUCAAGUAGUUCCACAUGUAACUGAUGCUAUUAAGAAAUGGAUUAAAGGAGUUAUAGAUGAUAAUAUAAAAAGGAUGAAAAAAGAAUACAAUAGUGUAUCUGCAUCAACACCAAACAAAGUUCCAUGUAUUUGUAUGAUAGAAGUAGGUGGAACUGUUGGAGAUAUUGAAUCAGCUGUGUAUUUAGAAGCUUUGCAACAAUUAAUAAAUAAUUUAAAUGCAGAUGAUGUAUGCUUAUGCCAUUUAUCUUAUGUACCAAUUAUAGGUACAUUGAGAGAACAGAAAACGAAGCCAACACAACACAGUGUGAAAAUUUUAAGAGAAGCAGGAUUAAAACCUGAUUUCAUUUUUUGUCGAUGUGAAGAACCAUUAACAGAUGAAGCAAUACAAAAAAUUUCUUUGUUCUCACAAGUGAAAAAUGAACAUGUUAUAUCCCUGCACGAUACAUCAAAUGUGUACAAAGUACCCUUAAUUUUAGAACAACAGAAUUUUAGUGCUAAUGUUUUAAAAAAGUUGAAUUUACAAAAUAUUGUGCUUAAAAAUAAAUUGCAUAUAAGUCCAUAUUCUUUUAAUACAUGGAAACAGUUAUCUGAUAGAUAUGAGUCAUCAAACGAAUCUGUAAUUAUUGGUAUCGUAGGAAAAUACACAGCUUCAAAUGAUACAUACCUGUCGAUUAUUUCAUCCCUUGUUCAUGCGUGUAUAGAAUGUGGAUUUAAGCUAAUAAUCAGAUAUAUUAAUAGUAGCCAUUUAUCCUUGAAAAAAAAAAACAAAAAAAUACAUAUAGAUCUGAAGAGAAAAGCAAGAAAAUAUUCAUAUGACACUUUUUCACAAAUUAAUACAACACAAAAACAUAUUUUUGUUGAUGACACUACAUCAGAUGAAGAUUAUGACAAAAAGAGAAGAAUGAAAUAUGAACAAGCUUGGGAUACACUAAAAUCAGUUCAUGGCAUAUUAGUUCCUGGAGGAUUUGGAACUAGAGGUAUUGAAGGAAAAUAUUUAUCAUCCAAGUAUUGUAGAUUGCACAAUGUUCCAUAUUUGGGAAUAUGUUUAGGUAUGCAGACAGCUGUUAUUGAUGUGGCUAGACAAUACCUAAAUAAGUAUGCGAAUUCUGAAGAAUUUGAAGAUAUUUUGGAAGUUCAGAACAAUUCGGAUGACAAAAUGAUUAACAAGAGGAAGCGUGAGUUUCAUAAAUACGGAAACGAAAUUCACAAUGGUACCACUUUAUAUAAAAAAGGAGGAGCAUCCGACACUGAUGAUAUUUGUUUGAAAAUGCAAAAGGAACAAGAAUCUCAUAUUAGAAGUAAUGUUAUGUAUACCAAUCAAAAAAUUAGAGAUUCCAGUGUACAUAAUAAUGACGAUAAUGAUAGUGAUUCUAUCUCACAGAAGAAGAACACUAUAUUGACCUGCUCAACAAGUGAAGAAAUUACAAACAAUAUCAAUUAUGAAAAUUCCGAAAAUGGAAAAAAUGGUCAAAAUAACGAAAAUUUUGAAAUAAAUAAAGGGGGAAAAAAAUAUUGUGCCGUAUUGGGUAACAACAUAAUGAACUGUGAUUCAUCGUCAGUACUUGACAAUGAAGAAGAAAUUUUUGAUAGUGAUGAUUUUUCAAUAACGCAGAAGAAAUAUAUUGAUGAUAUUCCUAAAAAGCUAGAGGAUCCAGUAUUAAAAGAAAAAAUAAAAUUAAUGGGUAUAAAAGAUUACUACAAAAGUGUUAAAGAGAUUGAUAACAAUAAUGUAAUAAUUUCAAUGAACGAAUUUAAGGGGGAUGAUAAUAAGGGAGGCACCAUGCGCUUAGGUGUCAAGCAAUCAAAAGUAAUUGACAAAGAUUCAUUAACCUAUAAAGCAUAUGAUGAAGCAACAUAUAUAUUCGAAAGGCAUAGACAUAGAUUUGAAAUUAAUCCUAAAUAUGUUCCCCUAUUAGAAUCCGUUGGAUUAAGUUUUGUAGCCAAAGAUAUUGACAGUGUUAGAAUGGAAAUUUGUGAAAUAAAAAAUUUAAAUUUUUAUGUUGGGGUGCAAUUUCAUCCAGAAUUUACUUCUCGCCCAUUUAAGGCAAAUCCAUUAUUCUUGGCUUUCAUUCUAGCAUCCAAGGGAAAAUUAAAAGAACGUCUAAACAAGCACGGAAAUAAAUUAUGUUCAGGAAGUUUAUACAAUUAA